UAGUGGCUUCGUUUCUGUUUCUUCCCGAAGAGAAGCGGGAUUAGCGGCCGAGUGACAGGAUGGCGCACUUCCCAUAGGUCUGAGAACCGUUUUUCACUAUAAGUGUCUUUCGGACUGCGCUCGAUCACAGUCCCAUUUCCAUCUAAAACACGGGGGAGCCGCUCUGAUAUAAAAUGCCCUAAUAAUAUUGGUAGCCUGUUAAAUUGUCAUGGUUUCCUGCCUCUUAAUGUUAUCUGAUAUGUGUUAUAUGAUUACCUAAUUACCGUAAUGACAUGCUGCACUUGUUUCCUAUCCGUGGGGGCUAUUCAUUUUUGAUUUUUAUGUUAACUAUAAUAACCUGGAAAUAUGUGUUUAAGUAUACGUACUUUAAAAUUCCGGGAAUUGUCCUUUAACGUGACUGCCCUGCGGUUGAUAAAUAGAUGUUUGGUUUUUGCUUAGUAAAACAAGCUACAUAUGUACAGCAAGUAAAAUAUACAAUGUAAAUAUUUCAGUUUUGUCCGUGAUAGGAACGGGACAGAAAAUUAUGGGCACUUGUAGCAAAGGAAACUUUCCCUUUCCCUUUGCGCCUAGAGAAUAAUAACUUUAAAAGAGUUUGAUUGUUAUAUAAACAACAACAAAAAAAACUGUUAGAUAAAAUAAAUAACAUGAAAACCGUUUUCUGUAGUAUAAUUGCAGUUAUUCCAUAAACGAAAUAAUCGUAGUGAGACUUUCGGAACUGAUCAGCUUAAGUAAAAUGUUUUUCCCCCCACCUACAUAGGAAACGAUUCACUUUUUUCUUCAUCUCUUGGCGGAACCUGAAUGGACUUAAGCGAAACGGACCAGCCCAGGAUUAAGCCAGCAGUCUCCAGUCCGUAUUGUCACCAGUGGAGUAAAUCGGUACACCGGGCGACGGCAAAGCGCACCGUCCUGUACCGAGGGCAUAGCGUGCGCCCUUCCAUUCUAUUCGGAUGCCUUGUAACAACAGUUUCGAGGACUUAGCACUAAUAGCAAAUUUAGAGAAAGGUAAUUAAUAUAUUGCUUCCAGGGGAGCACCGAAAGGGAGCCGGAUUGCCGACCCCUGCGUUAUGUAUCAAACCCUUACCAUCGCGGCGGGCCCGGGUCAGGCGGGGUACGACUGUCAUGCCGCCGCUGCCUACAUGCACUCAGCUCCCACCUCUCCGGUGUACGUGCCGACCACACGGGUGGGAGCUGUGAUCUCCAGCCUCCCGUACCUGCCGGGCGGUGUGUCCUCGGAGGCGAGCCAUGCGGUCAGCGGCCCCACGGUGUGGUCACAGCCCGGAGCGGAGAGCUCCCCGUACGCCGCUGGGAGCCCCCACGCAUCCGGCCGCUUUCACUAUUCACCGAGUCCCCCGAUGAAUAGCGGAGCCUCCAGGGACGGCAGCUUCGGCCGGGAUCAGUACGCCCUCAGCCGACUACCCGGCGGCUCUUUCAGCAGUCCGUACUCGGCUUACGUCGGACCGCAGCUUUCCACAGCCUGGACAGGUGCAUCCUAUGACAGCAGCAUGCUGCAUGCGUUGCAAACAAGAGCAGGACCGCUACCAAUCAGACCCUGUGGAGACGUGCCGGACGAUGCGGGAGACGGCCGAGAAUGCGUGAACUGCGGCUCCAUGUCCACGUCGCUGUGGAGGCGCGACAGUGCCGGACACUACCUGUGCAAUGCCUGCGGACUCUACAGCAAAGUGAACGGAUUCUGUCGGCCGCUGAUAAAGCCACAGAAACGCAUGUCGUCCACGCGACGCCUCGGUCUGGCCUGUGCGAACUGCCAAACGAGCACGACCACCUUGUGGCGCAGGAACGCAGAAGGGGAGCCGGUGUGCAACGCGUGUGGUCUGUACACCAAACUGCACGGGGUUCCAAGGCCUCUUGCCAUGAAGAAAGAAGGAAUUCAGACUAGAAAACGAAAACCAAAGGCUUUGAACAAGAACAAGAGUACAAACGGGACCAUUAACCCAACUGCCAUAAUACCAAACUCUUCCACAAAUCCUGACGACUUCUUGAAGACACGAUCUGCACAACCAGAGGCGUCAGUCACUGAGGCGAACACCUUUGCCUUGGGGAGCAGUGCUGAGACCCUCAGCUCAGGGAGCCCCUCUGUGAAGUACCCAGAGCAGGACAGCUUGUACCCUGGGAUCAGCCACACUUCCACGCCGGAGCUACCAUUAGACACACGGGGGGAGCCGUGGUGCCCCCUGGCUCUCGCCUAAAUCCUCAGAUUCUGACAGCAAAUGCUAGUGCCUUACCGGAGCUCACAUCUCCACUCAUGGUGGGAAAAGGGUGAAGGAAUCGGGAGACACAGUGGAUGGGAGUUUAUUUUCAGGACUAGGGUGAUUCGAGGAUUGAGCGUCAUAAGAGAGGCCAUAAUUCAUGCAGGGGAGCCAACCGUAUCAUUAACCAAUGAUGGGUGAGUGACAGGGGAAGGGACACUACAAGGACCAAUCAGGUGUCAGUUUAGACGGGUGCCUUUGUAGCCCCACCCUGGCGUACACCCCUGUAUCUGGACAAGAACAAACACCAGGUUUAGAUUGAAAUCAACUGCCUUGAAAUGUAUUGUUUAAGAUAUAUCAUGUAUGUGAAAAAAGUGCUUUUUCGGAAAUUUGUAAGCACACCCAAAUGGGAUGCAAACUGAACAUUGAAUGCCUUGCUAUUUCAUUGACACAUUAUAUAUUUUAUACAGUUUCCUACUUUUAUAAUUAUCAGGAUUUUUUUUUGUAGUGCACCUACUAUUUUAACUAAAGAAUUUCAGCUAUUGAAUAUUAUUGUCUCAAAUAUGCAUUUGAGUUAUUUUUAUUAUUUUGCAAGAAAACAAUGUAAUACCCUUUUUUAGGAUUAAAUUAAUUGAGAUUGUACAGUAUAUAUUUCAAUGGACUUUAAUGAAUUCCAUCAUGAAUUCAACUACACUACAGCAACACAAGAAGUUGACAUUCCCUUCAUGGUCGUUGAAUGAAAUUAUAUUGGUCUUAUGCAGGGUAUGGUCUGCAGGCAGAAUGUUUUCUUAACAUACAGUUACAGUAUGUGCUGUACAGUGUGGGCCCUGCCAUGGACUGGCAUCCUGUCCAGUGGGCCUACUGGCUCCAGGCCCCCAGGCUCCUCUGGAACAGAACCACUGCAAUUACAAUGCAAUUAGCUGCUGUUUUUGCUAUUCUUUGUCAUUAAAUAUUACAAAUAAUUUAAUAGUGCACAAUAUUAAUGGUACUUUUAUUUAAUGAAGUAUUGCUAGUCAGAGGGACCAUACAGGGGCAGAAAGUCAGGAUGAUUCCCUAAGUGACAGGGGCCCAAACUAUGGGACAUCACUGGAUUGGUCUGGGUGGGGGGCCCAAUAUGAUAUGCUUUCAUGGGGCCCAAAAUCACAACAAUAAUUAAAAUAGAAACAAUGAAAACCAAAGGAAAUGUGUUGCACUGGGUUGAAGCAGUCUGCCUGAGCUGGAUGGAGACCACCGGAUAUGUAUGUACUGGAAAUUGUGCCAUUUUCUGAAUGUACACUGUAUAAAACUGAUUUAUGUGGA